AUGUUUAUAUUGAUACUGUCGUUAAUAAUUUCACUUGCAACUUCCCGUUGGUGUACAAUAGGAAAUUAUAUACAAUGUGAUUGUGAUACCGACAAUACCAAUAACAAAGUUGUUGAUAAGGAUGGUGUCGUGUUAUUGAACAACUUUCAAUAUGAUGAAGCCACAAUUAAGUGUUUAAUAUUAAAAGAAAUAGAAAUUAGAUUUGAUGAAAGUGUUAUUGUACUUAAUUUUUUCCUUAACAACACCAAAGUCAUAUUUCAAAACACAAAACAGGUUUUCGACAAUGUGAACAAUUCUACAUUCGGAAUAGAUUCAAAUUGGGUGAGACAAUAUAGUUCAUUCAAAACAAGUUACAAUAAAAAAGAUAUCACAUGUGGCUCAACGUUACAACCAAAUUGUUUGGAGUGUGUUAGUUACAACGGAAACGAUUGUUACCGAUGUGAAGAUGGUUAUCAAGUUUUAAGAUGUGAUGGUGGUUCUAUUGUAAAAUGUUUUCUUCAAAAUAACACUAACUGUCUACCAGUUUGUGGAGAUAGUGGACUUUUAUCAUGGAACAAAAACAGUCAAUGUAUUUCGACAAAUUGUCUUUUAUACAAUAGCACAGGGUUUUGUACUUCGUGUAAACUAAAUUAUUUACUUUAUGAUGGAAAGUGUUAUCCAAAAGCAACAAAUUGUGCAACUUAUCAUAUAAAUCAAUAUUGGUGCAGUCAAUGUAACCCGGGAUAUUUUCCAUAUAAUAAAAAUUGUGUUCCAUGUGGAUAUAUGGAGGGGUGCACAAGUUGCAAUCAAAUAUAUGUAAAAUGGUGUUAUUCGUGUCUCAAUGGAUAUUACAUUAAAGAAGAUGGACUAGUCAAAAUAUGCGAGAAGUGUCCUACUGGUUGUUUGUAUUGUUGGACGGAAAAUGAUGUAAUUAAAUGUUCAAGUUGUGACGGUGGUUAUUAUUAUGACAACGCACAAUGUAUAUCAUGUGGUGCUGGAUGUAAACAGUGUAUUGGUGGACAAAGUGGCAAAAAUAAAUGUAAUAUAUGUUUUGACCAUUACUAUAAUAACAACAGUCAAGUUUGCACAGUGUGUGAUUCAACGUGUGGCAAUUGCAAUUGGGGAAUGGGUAUAUGCACUACAUGUGCUUCUGGAUAUGUUUUGAAAUCCACAUCAAGCACAAAGUGUGAAUUGUGCAAUAAUUAUGACAGUAAUUGUGAAAUUUGCCUUGAACCGAACAGGCAGUGUUAUCAGUGUGUCUCUGGAAUGUACCCAAAUGAUGAUAAACAAUGUAUUAAUUGUGAUUUGUCGUGUAGUGUGUGUUCUCGAACAACUGGGAUGUGUUCUGUGUGUGCAAGUGGAUUUACAAAACCCGCAUCAGACAACAAAAUUUGUGACAGUUGUUCAACUGCCUUUCCCAAUUGUGUUUUGUGUUCACAAACGCUCAGACAAUGCAAAACAUGUUCAAUUGGAUUGUAUCCACUUCAUACAUCGCCAUAUACGUGCCAACAGUGUCACUCAAGUUGUGCAAAUGGAUGUAAUUCGUCAACUGGAUAUUGCACAACAUGUGUGAGUGGAUAUGUCCCACAACUCAACCAACCAUCUUUAGCAUGUGAAUUAUGUUCUUCUUUUGAUAACAACUGCCAAACUUGUGCAACUGAUGGAACACGAAGUUGCUCACAGUGUAAAAGCACGUUUUAUAUUUCUGACAACAAAAAGUGCUCAAAAUGUGAUGAGUCGUGUGACUCCAAAUGUGAUGGGAAUACCGGAUAUUGUACUUCGUGUGCAUCAAAUUAUGUUUAUAUCAAUGCAACUUCGAGAGUGUGCCAAAAAUGCAGGGAUUUUGAUUCAAAUUGUGCUAUAUGUGCAGCUAAUUUUAGUCGCAGAUGUUUAAUUUGCAACACAGGGUUUUAUCCAAACGACAGUGGGAAGUGUGUUUCAUGUGCGACAAAAUGCACAACGUGUAAUUCAGCAACUGGCAUUUGCACGUUGUGUUCAUCAGAAAAUGUGUUUGAAGACCCCCCAUCAAGAGUGUGUGUGUUUUGUAAAACAUUUGAUAACAAAUGUGUAACGUGUCAAAAUGGUGGAAAUCGAAUUUGUGUGACAUGUACAGCGGGGUAUUAUCCGGGUUCAUUAGGACAGUGUAUUUCAUGCGAUGCAACUUGCAAAGCAAACACGUGUGAUACAAAAAAUGGGUUGUGUACAAAAUGUAUUCAAAACUACGUUGUGACAUCUCCAACUUCUAAAACAUGUCAAAAAUGUUCAGAUUUUGAUUCAAAAUGCAUAACAUGUGCAACUGAUUUCACAAGAAAAUGUAUUGAGUGCAGCACCAAUUAUCAUCCAGUCAAUGGAAAAUGUGUUGUUUGUGAUUCGUCGUGCGGAGGGAGUUGUAGUGGUGUGACUGGAUACUGCACCGGUUGUGCAUCAAAUUAUGUACCAACAUUAUUAGAUUCUUCCAAAUGCGAGCCGUGUUCAACUUUUGAUGAAAAUUGCACCACUUGUGCAGCAGGAGAACGGCGGUGUUUAACAUGUAAAACGACUAAAUAUCCAGAUGAUAGAACUAAAAUAUGUAAAAAAUGCAGUUGGACGUGUGACAACAACUGUGAUGUGACAACAGGAAUGUGCACAAGUUGUGUUUCAAAUUAUGUUUUUGAGAAUCCAAAAUCGAAAGUGUGUGUUCCCUGUAAAACAUUUGACGUGUAUUGCAAUACAUGUUCGUCAGACAAAGAACGAAUUUGUAUUAUUUGUGAGAAUAAUUAUUACCCAAAACAAGGGCGGUGUGUACCAUGUGACUACGGGUGCACCACUUGUAGUUCCGCAACAGGAAAAUGUUCGGCGUGUCAAACAAACUUUGUGCCUUCAACUAUCAAUAACACGGCGUGUGUUCCAUGUGCAGAUUUUGAUAAAAAUUGCAAGACAUGCACAACAUUAUUUGUGCGAUACUGCAAAGAGUGCAAUGACCAUUUCAAGCCUUCAGUUGAUGGGGUUUGUGUGAGUUGUGAUGCUACUUGCAACAACAACUGUGAUCCAAUGUAUGGGACUUGUACAUUGUGUUUAUCGAAUUACGUUGUCACAUCGCCAUUAUCAUACAAAUGUGAUAACUGCAGUGUUUUUGAUCAAUAUUGUGACGAGUGUGCGUCAGAUUUCUCAAGAAAGUGUGUUACGUGUCGAAACGGCAAAUACCCUAAAGACGGUGCUAAUUGCGUCAAUUGUGAUUCAACCUGUGGAAAUCAGUGUGAUGGGAAAGAUGGUCAUUGCACUGGGUGUGCCACCAAUUACGUGUUGUCAACCACAAACAAUUUACGAUGCGAGAGUUGUGUGUCUUUUGAUCCAAAUUGUCAAACUUGUUCGCCAGACUUUACAAGAAAAUGUGUGACUUGUGUUUCUGGUUAUUUUGUGUUUGAAAACAAAUGUAAGAAGUGUGACGACACGUGCAACAAUCAGUGUGAUAGCUCUACUGGAUUUUGCACUGGAUGUCAGAACAACAUGGUCUUUGGUGAUACAAACAAAAGCAUUUGUGUUGCUUGUACUGAAUUUGAUUCAAGUUGCUUUAUCUGCGACUCGUCUUUCAAUAGAGUGCAUACCUGCAAUGGUGCAUGUAAUCAAUGUAAUGGACAAACGGGAGCAUGCACCAAUUGUUUGCCCAAUUAUGUAACAAGUAUAACAUCAAUGGGUUGUGAAAGAUGUGAUUCCUUUGAUUCCAAUUGUAAAUUCUGUGCUCAGAAUGAGACACGAAAUUGCAUUCAAUGUAACGACAAUUAUUACCCUGUGUUAACAAAUGGAGAAAUGAAAUGUGGUUUAUGUGACUCGACGUGUGGAGGGAAGUGUGAUCCAACAGACGGUCAUUGCACAGGGUGUCAAAGCAACUAUGUUUUGUUUGAAAUAAACAAUUUGAAGUGCCAAAAAUGCUCUGAUUUUGAUAGCAACUGUGUCACAUGCAACUCCAAUUAUGAGAGAACUUGUACCACAUGCAACACGGGAUAUUAUCCAAACGCAGACGGGAAAUGCAUACCAUGUGAAGCACCGUGUGCUCUAAAUACGUGUAACACGUCAAAUGGCAAUUGUGAAAAAUGCACCGAAAAUAAAAUCAUCACAAAUCCAAUUUCAAAUGUUUGUGUUGAUUGCACUGCUUUUGAUUCGAGGUGUGUGACGUGUUCACCAUUAUUUGAACGAAAGUGUAUAAAAUGUGUUGCUGGUUGUUACCCACAAACAGCUGGCGAUUUCAAAUGUAAAUAUUGUGAUGCCACAUGUGGAGGAAAGUGUGACACGACAAAUGGACAUUGUACUGGGUGUAACGAAUCGUAUGUUCCAACAACAUCGGAUCCGUUUAAGUGUGAAAGUUGCCAAACAUUCGACUUCUAUUGUGCGACUUGUGUUUCUGAUAAAAGAGAGUGUGCUGUUUGCAAAAUGGGAAAAUACCCAAAUGACUCUUCUAAAGUAUGCCAAGACUGUGACUCAACAUGUAACGAAGAUUGUAACACAGCAAAUGGUAUUUGUAACACGUGUUCAUACAAUUACGUUUUCAAUGAACCAAAAGGAAGAAGUUGUGUGCCAUGUGCAACAUUUGACAGUCAUUGUGUGACUUGUGCUUUUGAUUAUUCAAGAAGGUGUGUAAAGUGUUCAAAUGGGUAUUACCCCGACUCAAAUGGAAACUGUGUUGCGUGCUCAACAAUAACAAGCAAUUGCAACAAUUGUAAUACAACAGAAAAGAAUUGUUUCAGUUGCAAAGACCCGUAUUACCUCUCAAAUCAAAAAUGUAUUUCAUGUGAAGCUGGAACUUACAAAAAGACAGAGACUACAUGUGACAAGUGUUACAAUGCUAUUCUGAAUUGUAAAAAUUGUGGAACGGCUUCUGUUGGCAAUGCGAAGUGCAACAAUUGUUAUCCCCCAUACACUUUAAGUUCAAAUGGUAAAAGUUGUGACCAAUGUGCUUCAACUUCAUAUUACGACAGUACAACAAAUCAGUGUGUAAAUAGAAAUACAACUUGUGCUGUACAAAUUGAAAGCACUAAAUGUGUUCAAUGCACUGAUGUUUAUUUUAUGUCAGAUGGGCUGUGUAAAAGUGCUCAAAACUGUAACGGCCCAUCGAAUCUGUCACCGGCGUCGUGUGAUUGUUCAGACCAAAUAUCGAUCAAUUCCGAUUGUGUGUCAAUUGCUUCAAAUUGCAAAUAUCAGAAAACAAUGAAUUCAAUUUCAACGUGUUUGGUGUGCACAGACAAUUUUACUUUAUCACAAAAUACAUGUAACAAAAUUGAAUCAAAUGAAUUGUAUAGAAAUGGUGUUCAGUACAGUUGUUUAGAUGGUCAAUAUCUAAAUAAUAACAAUGUAUGCGAAGUGUGUCCAAAUUUUGCUUCGAUUUGUAUUAAUAAUGGAAAUAACACAUACACAUUGAAAUGCACACAAAACACAGUCAAAGAUGAUGGGACAGAGCAAUGUGUAACAGAUGAUAUGUGUUUGCAAUAUACACAAGAUUACUGCUCUCAAUGUAAGUCGGUGUCAUCACAAAUCAGCAAUGGAAUAUGCACAGCCUGCCAAACACCAAACUGCCUAUUUUGUGAAGGAAACAAGUGCAAGAGAUGUUCCAAUGAUUAUUUGAUGGUCAAAGAAAAUCAAUGCGUUUCUCAAAAUGAACAAAACUGUGACAAGUCGAGUGUGUCUGGUUGUGUGUUGUGUUCAAGUGGGUUCUAUCAGGUUGACUCUUUGAACGUUGAAGGCAAAUUCGAUUUCUGUCUUCCAAUACCCCCAACAGUAUAUCCAAAUUGUAAACGACUUGCUUUUUCAACUAGUAAAUGUGUAGAAUGUAACGAUUUAUUUAAAUUGAAAGGUGGUGUGUGUAAGGAAUCAUUUGAAGAUGAAACUCCUGUUGUUCCACCAGAAACGGAAUCCGAACUUCCAGUGUCUGUUAUAUCCAAUUUUGAAUAUCCACUCAAUUUGAAAGGAGUUACUGAGUUGAAAUGUCAAAUUAGAAACAACAAAGGAUGUCAACGGUGUUAUGAUGGAUAUUACUUUAAUAAUAAUGAGUGUGUGAAAUGCACCAACGAUUGCAAUUCGUGUUACUCACAGACAUAUUGUACUUCAUGUGAAAGUGAGUUUUAUCUCGAUUCAAAAAAUCGAUGCCAGACCCUUGGUGAUUUGGCUGCAAGAUGCAGUGUCGCAUUACCAACCGGUGGUGGAUGUGCUAUAUGUAAAGAUGGAUAUUAUAAAAUCUUUAAAGACUGUAUAGUGUGUGACGUUUCAUGUAGUUCGUGUAUAAGCAACACUUCAUGUUCUGUGUGUGCAGAUGGCUAUUUCAUCAUUGAGUCUGAAAGUCGCUUGUGUCAACUCAACACAACAAAUACAAACUGUUUGAAAGUUGGGUAUUAUGGGUGUGAAGUCUGUGCCGAUGGAUAUUACUUAUCAAAUUCGCGUUGUACAAAAUGUGAGAAAUUGUGCACAUCCUGUAUUUCACAAAAUGUGUGUACAAAUUGUGUAUCAAAAGAUUACGUUUUAUAUGAUUUCAAAUGUGUACACUACUCUGAAAUACCAAAUUGUAUUGAAGCUACGAAUUCAAAAUGUGUGACAUGCAAAGGAUUUAACAAACCAUCUGAAAGUGGUGACAGUUGUUUUUCAACUACAAAUCUAGGAGCGGCAAUUGGUAUUCCAAUGUCAAUUCUACUAGUGUUGAUAAUAAUAGUUUUAUUGAUAAUAAUUACUCUUAUUGUAAUAUUAAAGAAAAAUCAGAAGAAAGAAAAGCUCAAAGUGUGCACAUAUAAAAUGAGUCGCUCGAACAUCAAGAUGUUUACAUUAGUAGACACUAUUGUGGUUAAUAAAUCCAAAUUGAAGUUUGACUUGGAUACUGAUGAAUUCAUUCCAGUUGAUAAAGAGACAAGAGACUUGAUCUGCAUAGGAAACACAUCAAAACACAAUAUGAAAGUCCAGUUCA